AUGGACCAAGUCCAGGUGGCCUUCUGGGCAGCACCUCCGGUGACUCGCACAAUCACAGCUCUGACUCUGGUUCAAUCUGUCCUAGUCUAUGGCGGCGUGCUCAGCGGAUAUUAUGUUGUCUUCUGGCCGGCCCAAAUUUUCAAGCUGCUUCCAGAGAUCUGGCGUCUAGCCACUCCAUUCCUACUAACCGGUCCAAGGCUCAGUUUUUUCUUUGAUCUCUAUUUCUUGUACCACUAUGGCAGUCAGCUGGAGACCAGCGCUGUUCGGUUUAGCCAACCCGGAGAUUUCUUUAUCUACCUGGUAUUUGUAGCAUUCGUCAUCAUGCUUCUUGCAGGCUACGUCCUUGGCGGGAUGGUGUUUACUUCUGCAUUGAUCCUGGCUUUCAUCUAUACCUUUGCCCAGGAAAACCGAGGCAGGAGGACCAAGCUGUGGUUCAUUGACAUUCCCAUGGAGUACCUCCCAUGGGCGAUGUUGGUGAUCACCAUGGUCCUGAACGGAUGGCCUUCAGCUUUGAGUGAGAGCAUGGGCAUCGUGGCUGCCCAUCUCUAUGACUUCCUCACCCGUAUCUACCCAACCUUUGGCGGUGGCCGAAAUUACCUUGUGACGCCUGCGGCAGUACAGCGCUUUUUCUCUCGCCAUACCCCAAAUGCCGGUCACCGUGGCUAUGGUACUGCCUUCCAGGCACCAGCAUCUUCCCAGCCUGCUCAGCCCUCAUCUCGGGGCUGGACCUCCUCUAUGCAGAACCCAUGGGGUGGUCGAGGCGCGGGUCGAAGACUUGGUGGUGAUUGA